GUUUUCGCGAUAUAUUCGCGGCUCGGAGUCUAAUUCUUUGUGAGUGAACGGAAAAGCCAUUCGAAAACAUAAAUAUGAAUCUUGAACUGAAUCGAGUAGACUAUUGUUUCGUCGGUACGAACCUGCGAAAUUCGUUAAAGUUGUUGCCCAAUUCGUACAAGCAACAACAGCAGGUGGCUGUCGGCGAUCAGGAUGGAGUACUACAAUUGUUUUCCAUCAAAAAGAACGAUUUGCACAUUUCGUUUAAAACUUUGCCGAUGGAUAAAAUAACUGCAAUUCAAUUAGGUGGCAGUGUGAAUGCAAUGGACAAAAUAUUCGUUGCAAUGGAUAAUAAGGUUUUGGGAUUCAACAAGAAGAAGAAAUUGUUUUUUCAACUGGAAAUGAAUGCAGCUGAACCAAUCAAAUCAAUGUUCGUAAGCGGAGCUGAUCUAUUACUGUGUGGAAAUCAUGUCUACAGCCACUAUCGCGAGGCGAAAGAAAUCGGCACCUAUUUGUGUGGAGAUACAAUAGUGGAUGUGGCGGCUUUGUGUCCAUCCAACUCCACUCGAAUCAUUACAGUGUUGGCCUGUUCGGGAAGGGUAAUUCGACUGUUGGAAAACAGUCGCGUGCGUCAGACAAUCGAACUAGACAGCGUUCCGACUGUUUUGCACAUACCGCAAGGACGUGGGGAUAAAUUUGUGUGCGGUUUUGCGGACGGGAAAAUAGUCAUGUACUACAUCGGUCACUUGGGAUCGGAGAUUAAGGAGGAAACUUUGGUUAAUUCAUCGGAAAAUAGUUCAGCCGUCACAACAAUCGACACGUACGAUAUGUGCGGUUCGGGAAAAGAUGAUUUGAUCGUUGGACGACGAGAUGGGACGGUGCAAGUGUUCAGCCUUCCGUUGGCGGACAGUGAAAUUGACACCGAAAUCAGAGAGAUAUUUUGCGACAAUUAUCAGGAAAGUAUUUCGAGCAUUCAGGGUGGUUGCGUCGGUGCAAAUGGCUAUACGGAAAUUAUCGUGUGCACAUACACCGGACGAGUGUUCGGAUUGACGACACAGUGCAUCAAAACGAGUUUGAGUGACAAUAACGCAGCCAGUUCCUCAUUGGACACCAAAGCAAGGAUCGACAAAUUGAAGGUUGAAAUUGAAGAUCUACUAACUGUGGCAAUAAGGGAAAGAGAACGAUACAAAGAAUCGACUCAAUUGAUGUCGGAUGGUAUAUCCGCCAUUCCAAUGUUGGCGGUCAACGAUUCGAUGGUGUUAUCGAAAGAGGAUGCAUCGUACAAUUUGUCCAUCGAAAUUCCAGCGCCAAUCGAAUUUGUUCUGCUGCAAAGCGAUGUACCGAUAAAGCUUUUGGAUAUGGACAAAAAUACGGCCGUUAUCAGUUUCAGUAAAUGCAGCGUCAUGAGCUCAAAUCAAUUUCUCGCUACGUACCGCUGCCAAAUCGACACCAACCGGGUCGACUUGAAAUUGCGCACAAUCGAGGGUCAACACGGCAAGCUGAACUGUUUCAUUACACCGAGUCUGCAGCCGAAAGUUUCUCAGAUGCGAAAGUACAUCAUUCGACCGUUGUCCAUGCAUUUUCGGAUACACACUAUCGAUGAGACAAGACCGUACAAUACGCUAACGUUAAAGGGAUCGUUCAGUCAGGCGGAAAUGCAUAAUUGGAUUGGGUAUUGCAUACCGGAAGUGCCGGAAAAGUAUCAAACCGUUGGCAAUGAAAAAGCUGUCUACUAUUUCCAGAACGUGUUCUCCGGCACAAUGCUGAAGUGCGAGUAUUGUAAAGGUCAGGCUGAAUUUAAAACGGAGAACAUUACCACUCUGUCCAUACUGAAGGAUAUCAUCACGAAAAAUGCCACAAAGAAGCGGAUAACGUUGGAGAUUUCGACGAACAUCAACGAAUUGAGCAUCGGAUUCAUGAUCAAACUGAUCGAACCGCGACUGGUCGAAUGCAAUCGAAAGAAGCAAAACCAUAAACUGUUGCUGGCGUUGAUGGAUCUGGACAUACGUAGCGAAGAGGAUUUCAAUUGUCUCUGUCCCGAAUAUCGGCAAAUUUUGAGCCAGAAAGACGUCAUCAGGGCGACGUACAAAAAUGAUGUCGACGUUGCGGAUCAAAUUGAAGGCUUGCUCACCGAUUGCUUCAUUGAUCGAUUUAAGGUGAAGGGAAUGAAUGUCCGGUCAAAAAUACCCGACUUGGUGAAGCUGAUUCAGGCUUACAACUAUGACGAAUUGGUGGAAUAUUUUGCGGGACAUAAGAUGGACUCGGACACUUAAAAACCACACAGUCUCACUC